AUGGACAUUAGAACAAGACAAGGGCUACUCAAAUCAAUGGCUGGAAAAGUGGGGAAAAGAAUGGAUGCUCUUUUGAUUCCUCUCGAGUUAUUAUCCUGUGUUUCUCGAACCGAAUUUUCUGACAAAAAAGCUUACAUAAGAUGGCAAAAGAACAAGUCAGUCCCUUCUCUCUCUGUUUUGUUUCGUAGCCUUAUUUUGAAUAUGUUGGAGGAAGGACUUGUGAAUCACCCAGUUGUGGGAUUUGGAGAAUCUGGUCACAAAGCAAGUGAAAUGAGGAUUCUAUUGGCAAGAAUUGAAGAAUCUGAGUCAUUUGCACCUUCUGUGGGUGAACUUCAACGCAUAGAAUGUUUGAGAUCUCUAAGGGAGAUUGCCAUUGCACUUGCAGAGAGGCCAGCUCGUGGUGACUUAACUGGUGAAGUAUGUCAUUGGGCAGAUGGGUAUCAUUUGAAUGUCAGAUUAUAUGAGAAGCUUCUUUCCAGCAUUUUUUAUGUUCUAGAUGAGGGGAAACUAACUGAGGAAGUGGAAGAAAUACUUGAACUUCUAAAGUCAACGUGGCGUAUCUUGGGAAUAACAGAGACUAUUCAUCACACCUGUUAUGCAUGGGUGCUAUUCCGCCAGUUUGUGAAAGCAAAAUUGCUGAGAAUAACUUGGUUGGAAAUAUUUUACAUGUGCAUACCUACAGGAAUUGCUCUUGGUUAUGUUUAUGGUGGAUGGUUAAAUUUGGCAAGAGAACAGGUUGGUUUAUGA